GUGAAGGUGGAGGUGAAAACGGUGGAGGAAGGAAGUGGAGGAAAGGAAGAAGUGGAGGAGAAGAAAGGAAACACACACACACACACACGUACACACACCUGGAAACGCACACACGCACAUGUCUACACGGCCGUCGCGAGAGGAACAAAGGAGAAAGAACAGCCUGGAGCAGCGUCCCCCCUAACCCCCACCAUGGACGCCCCCCCCGCCUACGCCCCCACUCAGGCACCACCCACCACAGGACCGAUGGACGAAAGACUGAGAGAAGCUCACAACCUUUACGAGAACGAGGAGCGCAGUGACGUGGUCUUCCAGGUGGGCGAUGGGAGCUUCAAAGAGAGGAUCCCCGCGCACUCUUUUGUUCUGAGCGCGCGCAACCACGUCUUCCGCGCGAUGUUCCACGAGACUUGGGCGGACAGGCACAAGAAGGUCUACACCAUCCCCAACGACCCCAGGGGCUUCCAAAACCUCCUGAAAUGGCUUUACCGGCAGGAGUGUGGCUUUCAGAGUCUGGACAGCUCCCUUACGACCCUCCACGUAGCCAUCCAGUACCUAUGCCCAGAGCUCGCUGACCUGUGCGGUGAAUACAUCACUCACCAGCUCAGAGCGUCCAACGUGCUCCGAGUCAUGCAAGACAUCCACCGCUACUGCCCGGCGCCCCUUACCACAGUCCCCUCCGCGCCCCCUCUCGAAGUGCUGGAGGGCCGCUCACAGGAAGUCUUCAGCACCAUGACGAGUGACCUCCGGGACCUUCGGGAUGAGUCGGACAUCCGCGACCCGACCGCCUGCUGCAGCGACCUCUUCAACGAGUGCCUUGAGAUCCUGGACCAAGACGCAUCCUCUGUCUUAGCGUCUGAGGGGGUGGAGGAGCUUGACCGCCAAGUGCUGGAGGUGAUUCUCAAGCGCCAGACUCUCAGGGUGCAGAGUGAGGUGGAGGUGGUGGAGGCAGUGGUGAGGUGGAGCACGGCGCAGUGUAAGCGUGAGUGCCUCCCCUUGACCCAGCAGAGCCGCAGGAAGAUGUUGGGUGACCUCCUCUACUACCUCAGGCUCCUCAAACUCACCCCGGAGCAGUUAAAUGUUGCCGCCAAGCUUCUGGAUAAGGACGAGUUCGAGUAUAUCCGUGUGGUGGUCUCUGCGCGGACUGGAAGGAGCAUCCCGCCACCUCCCACAUCCCUUGCUCCGUACCUCAAGCAUAUGGCCACAGCGCGGGGGGCUCUUCCGUCCUCGGUCGCCACUCCCGAGCCGCCCCCAGCCGCCGGGAGGAAAAAGAAGAACAGUAACAAGAAGAGGUACACCAAGAAGGAGUUGAUUCUGGAUAUCGUCUCAUGUCUGUCCAUCAUCUUCGACUAAUCAUCAUCGUCAUCAGCAGCAUGGUCGGGGUCGUCGUUUUCCAGACUUGCUUCCAUUCUCUCAUUGACCAGAAGAGUUUUUGCUUUUCUGUUGCUUGCUGUCAUUUUUUUUUUCUUUAUUUUUUUGUCUUCUCUCUUCAUUCUCUUCCUCAUUCAAUCACUUCCACUCAUUUUCACGGUAAUUUCACUCCUUUCACUAAUUCAUACGUCAUCAUCAUCAUUCCACUUAUUCACUUGCUCACUAAUUCAUUCUAUCUUAAUUUCUUCUGUUUAUCUUCCACCAUUUUAUAUUCAUUCCCCUUCCUUAUUUUUAUUUUAAGUUAUUUUUUUCACUCCCUUUUAAUGCCAUUUACGUAUACUGCCAUACAGUCUUACCACCAACUAGAUCAAGCAUAAUCUUUGCCUCCAUGAUUGUUGCUUUUUACUGUAUCAUUUUUGCAUAGCUGUAGAUUCCGUGCUCGCUGGAAGAGCCUCAAAUAUUCUCCUGAAGUCACAAAGCUUAGUUGGUCUCCCUCACUCUUCCACGGACCAGAACAAAUCCUUGGCCAGUUCCAUUUCGGGUUUUCUUCCUCAUGCUCACAGUUCAGUCUUGUUCUGGUUGGCGAGUGAGGUUUUGUAUUCUCAGACACGUGAAGCAAUACCGACCCUUUUAUUUAUGUUAAAGGAAGCAGUUCAUGGGCAAAGACAAAACAAAAAAAAUCCGCUAACCUCUGCUCCUAUGAUUUAUGUAUGAUUUUGAUCUGUGAGGGUUGGCUGUCAGUUGCUAUCUGUUCAAUCCUCGACGUGUAACAGUUGACGAAGAAAAAGUGCCGCAGAAUCUCUCCUUAUCGAACAAAUACAAAAUGAUUUCCGUGAGUUUGUGUGCCAUAGAGUUGAAUGAUAAAUGAUGCCAUGGGAAUCUUUUAAAACUAACUGUGUGCCAUAUAUUAGCCAUAGAGUUCAGUGAUAUAAGUUGUCACAGAAAUCCAUGAGAACAAAUUGUGUAACAUAUAUUUGCCAUAGAGUUCAGUGAUAUAGGUUGCCAUAGAAAACCUUGAAAGUGAUUUUUGUUCCAUAAAGUUCAAUGUAAAAAGUCACAUCAGAAAUACUGCAAAACAAAUGAUGUGCCAUAGACUUAAGUUAUACAAGUUGCCAUCAAAAUCUUUUAAAAUUGUUUGCCAUAGAGCUCACUGAUAAAAGUUGCCACAGAAAUCCUUCCAGACAUAUUCAAUGAGUCUGUUAUGAUUCUUUAUGCAUUCACGUGCCAUAUCGCAAAACAAAUUAUGUGCCAUAGACUCAAGUAUACAAGUUGCCUUUGAAAUCUUUUAAAAUUGUUUGCUAUAGAGUCCACUGAUAAAAGUUGCCACAGAAAUCCUUCCAGACAUUCAACGAGUCUUAUGAUUCUUUAUGCAUUCACGUGCCAUAUUGUUCACUGAGAAUCAUCGCCGGGCAUGUCCCACCCCCCAUGACGACUAAACAAGCUCUCAUUGCCAAGCCUGCGAUCUAGUUUGUCUGUACUUAGUUUGUUUCUGUAUAUAUCAGCAUCAUCUUAUUAUUGUCAUUAGUUUUAAGUCGUCCGUAUGGCUGUCGGCUUUCUAUGUGAUGUGUUAUUACUAUUACUAUUAUUAUUACGUGUUAUUAGUGAGUGUCUUGCAUUGAGCUCUUACGAGAGAGACGCCCUUUAGCUUUGUGAAUGGGGAGUGUUCCUAAGAGAGAGUGUGAGAGAGAGUGCGAGUGAGAGUGAGUAUGUGUCAACUAUUUUAUUCUCUUUAUUUCCCCAUUUCGUUCAUGACAGGGUAGGGUGUGCAUGCGUAUGUGUGUUCACUGUCGUUUGAGCCUCAGAGUCUAGUCAUUUGUAUCUCGCAUUUUUAUUUUCGCUCGCUGAUUAUGUUUAGUUGUUACCGGGGCCUCCAAGUGUCGGCCCGAGCCAGGAUGAUAAGUGCCUCUCUUCAGUGACCGAAACACUUAGGAUACAACAUGGAGUCACAUCCUACGAGUCACACCGAUGUCAAGCCUAAAGUCCGAUGUCCUGACAAGGGUUUUGACAACCCUUAGAGAGUAAUGUUGUGUGAGCUGAAGCCGUUUGUUCAUCCACACUCAUGCUGAAUCUCCCUCAAAUUCAUGUUAUUUCGCCUAGGUUUAAGGACAGGCCGCCUAGUCUCUGCCAAUGGGUCUGUGUGGUCUGAACGUCAUAUGAAAAUGUAAAUCACGAAUCCCAUAAGGAAAAUAAGGACAUUAAAUGAAGAGGAAAAAGAAGAGGAGGAAGAAGAAGAAGAAGAAGAAGAAGAACUGCAAAGACUAAAGUGUUGUGUCUCGUGAUGUUCCGAAUGACACUAAAAAUGACAUGAUUGAUGUGAUGACGCCAACAGUUGCUUCGUCACCCGCCCAUUGUGAGUGAUCCCGAGUGUUGUCAUGUUAGCCGAGGGGGUCAGCGCGACAAUACGAAGGCUGUGUGGCAGUGACUUAAGUGAGCGGAUCAAGGAUGAGAAGCGAUAAAAAUGAGUGAGUGUUGUGUGGUGAGUCACGCAGCACAAAGGGCGCUGCGCAGGCCGGGGGGUGAAGGGUUGUUGCAUUGGGCUGAAAUACUCGGUCUUUGUGCAUGGAAAUUAGGUGUAAUGUUUUCUUUUGUGAAGCAAUGUUUAAAUCUGAUAUCCCUAAAAACAGAUCUUUAUAUAUGUUAUUAGCUUACAUUGUUGAGUUUGCAAUUUCAUAGUUCUUUAUCAAUACAAGAUUAUAUUUUCUUCAUGAUUGUAAAAUCUUGAUGUGAUUCCAUAAUGUAUAAAAUUUUGUUGCAAUCAAAUUGGAGAUCUAUUUAAAUGAUAUUAAUAAUUUACAAAAAAAAAUAGCUUAUUCUAUCUAUGAUUUUAAAAUAUAAAAAAUUAUUAAAAUCUUUAUAAGCUUAACAAAUAAUGACAACAAAUUCUCCUUCUAAGGGUAUAAACCAUUUGCAGGAGAGUAUCAUUUAAAGUAAUAAGAAAAAAAUUCAGUAUAUUUUGUAUUCUCUGAACACUGAAACCUGGCAGCUCCGUGACCCCGAGUGGCGGGCAUGCUGAGUAAGGUUGUAACACAUGACGUGGAGCUGCAUGUAGGAAGAAGAACCCUGAUCUGUCUCUAUAUCUGUCUUACGGUUUCUGUCUGUAUCUGUCUUGUGUAUAUGCCCCCACUCUCUUCUCCCCUUUCCUCCCUUUCUCUCUCUCUCCCUCUCCUUCCUAUCCCUCCCUCUCCUUGUAGUUAACAUUUGCCUCAUGUGAUAAGCAGAUGUGUCAAGGCCUCCUGUAAUGCUUGUGUGUGUUCAGGGUCUUUGUAGGUAGUUGUGCAAUGUAUGUGCCUUUCAUCUUCUUGCUUAAUGUACAAAAAAGGGCCAGUCAAGGAGAGCCUGAUGGAGGAGUCUUGUGUGUUACAUGACUUCAGGUUUCUGUCGAGCAUUGCAAAUAGUCGCUACAUUGUGCUUUUGGAAAGACUUAGGGAGCAAUACAUGUCAACUACCAGUAUUUUUGUUACUCUGGAAUCUUUUGUGCAAAUUCAUGGUAUCAUUGUAGAUUUGUCACACACACAUACACCCACCCACUUACACUGACACCCACACCCACACCCACAUUUACACCUCACCCAAAUCUAUGGUCACACCUACACACAUAAACGAAAGUAAACUACACCUCACCCAAAUCUAUGGUCACACACAUAAACAAAAGUAAAAUUCCUCAACAAUAUUCUAAUCAGUCAAAUCUUGUCAACAUGAAAUACUGAUAACUGCAGAAAAACAAUCCCUUGUAAGUCCAUGAAAACUGUGCAAGAAAAGGCCAAAACCAGUAAACCGAAUUAAAAGCUAA